UAUUUCACAUCUCCUCUUAGAUGCCUGAGGCCCCUCAAACUUCACCGGUUCAAGAUCUACCUAAUAAUUCCACCCCAGGACAGAGAUACUUCAGUGGUUCCCGUCUUAAUGAAUGGCUUCACUGUGCAUUCAGCUGAAACCUAGAGGCUCUUCAGCAAAAGCCCUUGUCAGUUUAAAAGAGGGAAGCUUAUCUAACACAUGGAAUGAAAAGUUCAGUUCUUUACAAAAAACACCUGUUUGGAAAGGCAGGAAUACAGGCUCUGCUGUGGAAAUGCCUUUCAGAAAUUCAAAACGAAGUCGACUCUUUUCUGAUGAAGAUGACAGACAAAUAAAUACAAGGUCACCUAAAAGAAACCAGAGGGUUGCAAUGGUUCCACAGAAGUUUACAGCAACAAUGUCAACACCAGAUAAGAAAGCCUCACAGAAGAUUGGUUUUCGGUUACGUAACCUACUCAAGCUGCCCAAAGCACAUAAAUGGUGCAUAUAUGAGUGGUUCUACUCAAAUAUAGAUAAACCACUCUUUGAAGGUGAUAAUGACUUCUGCGUAUGUCUAAAGGAAUCUUUUCCUAAUUUGAAAACGAGAAAGUUAACAAGAGUAGAAUGGGGGAAAAUCAGGCGGCUUAUGGGAAAACCACGGAGAUGUUCUUCUGCAUUUUUUGAGGAAGAGAGAUCAGCAUUAAAACAGAAACGGCAGAAAAUAAGGCUCCUACAACAAAGGAAAGUGGCGGAUCUUACACAAUUCAAAGAUCUCCCAGAUGAGAUUCCUUUGCCCCUGGUUAUUGGAACCAAAGUUACAGCACGGUUGCGUGGUGUUCACGAUGGUCUGUUCACUGGACAAAUAGAUGCUGUGGACACUCUCAAUGCUACUUAUAGAGUAACUUUUGAUAGGACAGGGCUUGGAACCCAUACCAUCCCUGACUACGAAGUUCUUAGUAAUGAGCCUCAUGAGACAAUGCCAAUUGCUGCCUUUGGACAAAAACAGCGGCCUUCUCGAUUUUUUAUGACUCCACCACGGUUACAUUAUACUCCUCCUCUCCAGUCACCAAUUACGGAUAAUGAUCCUUUAUUAGGACAGUCACCUUGGAGAAAUAAAAUUUCUGGCUCUGACACUGAAACAUUAGGUGGUUUUCCAGUAGAAUUCCUUAUCCAAGUGACUAAACUAUCAAAAAUUCUCAUGAUUAAAAAGGAACAUAUCAAGAAAUUAAGGGAAAUGAAUACAGAAGCAGAAAAAUUGAAAUCAUAUUCCAUGCCCAUUGGCAUUGAAUUUCAGAGGAGUUAUGCAACAAUUGUUCUAGAGCUUGAACAGCUGAACAAGGACCUCAACAAAGUUUUGCACAAAGUUCAACAGUACUGCUAUGAGCUUGCUCCAGACCAGGGGCUCCAACCUGCAGAUCAGCCAACAGAUAUGAGACGGAGGUGUGAGGAAGAAGCACAGGAAAUUGUUCGGCAUGCAAAUUCCUCAACAGGACAGCCCUGUGUUGAAAACGAAAAUCUGACAGACUUAAUCUCCAGGCUUACAGCUAUUUUAUUACAAAUUAAGUGUCUAGCAGAAGGAGGAGACCUGAAUUCCUUUGAAUUCAAAUCACUUACAGAUUCAUUAAAUGAUAUCAAGAGUACAAUAGAUGCUUCUAAUAUCAGUUGCUUUCAGAAUAAUGUAGAAAUCCAUGUUGCACAUAUUCAGAGCGGCCUGAGCCAGAUGGGAAACUUACAUGCCUUUGCAGCAAAUAACACCAACAGAGACUGAGUACAUUUAAUUAUUCCAACUGCAUAGGACAUUGUGUUUGAGAAGUUCUUUUCCUUUAUAUAGGCUUCCAACACCAAAUAACCUAACUCCUGGAAAACAAGGGAAAUUUAAAUCUCCAAAUAAGGCAUUUUAAUAUACUGUACUGCUUCUUAAACCAGCAUUGCUAACCAGCAUUAUAUUUAUUUUUCUUUUAUUAUUCAGCUGCAGUAGCAUUGCUUGUGUUACAUAUGAUUAUUAGCAAGUAUUUUUAAACUGAAAAUGUCUGAACAUAAUAUAAUUUCAUGGAAGAAUAUGUUGACCAUUUUUUUUUAAUGUGCAUGAAUUCAACCCAACACAUGCAGACAAAUGCAGUGAAGAACAUGAAGAAACAUGGUCUUUUUGUACAUAUGAGAGGCAAUGUGGAAAUUCCAUCUAGAAAAUGACAACUCUGGUUCAUUUAGUUGAUCAUCAUCUCAGUCUUCAAAAGAUAACAUCAUGAGAUAUGGGAAGUCCUAUUUUGAAGGAAGGCACUGGAAUAUAGAUGGGAAAUAUGAACUUUACAAGUAUAUAUGCUAUAUACUUGAAAUGUGACAUGGAUCUGUAGAUCAUUUUAUAAUAAAUAUUUUAAUUUAUCAUAAUUUAUAAAAGAAACCUUUGUUUUAUCUGUUGAAAGGAAAUUAAGGAGCAGGAAAAAACAUUACUUGCAAAAUGCUAAAUUUCAGCAAGUGGAUUUGGCAUGUCUUUUCCCUUCAAUUCAGGGCAAAAAGUGCUAUUGUUAUGAGAUUUAUUUAAAAAAAAAAACUAAUAACACACUAUUUUCAUAUUUUUUUGUUUAUUUGCACAACUUUCGAACCAGGUUGCUGGUUAAAAUCCAA